AUGUUCAUCACAAGCCUCUAUAAAGACCUCGAGGAGGAUCAGGGAGUAUUUAUUGUUGGAUUUGCCGACGAUACAACCCUACUUGCCUUCGGGACCUUGGCGGCAGAGACACGGGUGCGACUCGAAGCUGCAUGGGAAAUCUGCGCCAACUGGGCCCGAAUCACCUUUAAGCAGGACAAAGCCAAACCUUGGGAGAGGGGGCGGCCUAGGCCUAGCGGAGUCUGCUUAGUCAAGCCCCCGGGCCCCUGGUCAAAGACACACGAGCCCAGAUCCGUCGGAGGAAUCGACCCUAUCGCAGUGGGCUCCAAGCCGAUGGUCCGAGGGCCGAAAUAA